AUGUAUAACGCGGCACAUUUCACCCAGAUCACAGAAACCGAGCGGGACGGACACCACAACCUGAGAAUUGCGACAGAAGCUGCACGACUUGCCAUGUCAGUGGACGACUGGAAAGCACCAGAACUUUGCCCACCACAUUGGCGUCUCCCACCAAAACGGAGUUUGCGAUCGAAGCUCAAGCCUGCAACCAACGUUCCAUCGAGAAUCCUGGGCAGACACAAUUCGCGACGGACAUCUCGCCGGCCUCCAAUCAUGCGUAUGAAAGACAGCGACGACUAUAUCACCGCUCGAGCCGCGAACCCGCGCACUGGUCUCAUCUCUCCCAGUGUAGGCACAAGGACACCCUGCACACCAGACUCCCCAGGUGAGGCAUUGAGAUUACGUACUAACGAUCAGACGUUACCAACACCCGACUUUGGAUCGAGGACGGUAAAGUGUAGAGCGAACCAGGGACGAAAGAUUGGAAAUGUGUCUAAACAGGAAGCACCACCUCGUGAACAUCGACGGCAUUCCAGUCGACAGGGAGAGACAACUACACCCACGACGGGUCGAUUCGAUGCCCUAGACGGCCCAGAACGCCGAGAUUCGGUGCUUAAGGAUGACCAGUUCGUAGUGCACAUGCCAUCGGCACGUGAGCCACAGCCUUUCAUGUACCCGGGCUAUACUCCUGAACAGAUUGAGGCUCUCAAGCACUAUCGACAGAAGACUAGGCGUGUAUCAAGCGAAGGAUACGACCAGCGGUUGCUGCGCGGCUCAGGUCAACAUUCGUCCAAGCUAGACGAGGGAUUCACUGAAGAUGACCUAUACGCUCUGUGUCCUGGAGUUCCAGGCCAACCAUCAUUCAAGCCAUACCGGUACGAGCAUACGCAGACAUCCCCCGAGCUAUCGAGAAUCACAGUACGCAAGCGGAAGACGCCAAGGUCAGACACGAACAUGACAAGCAACGAGCCACGACGCUUCGUGGACAAGCUCGAGGCCAAAGCAGCAACAUUAUUCGCCCCUUUUGCAUCCCCAAAGAAGACUCAACAUGUCAAGGAACCGGCCUCAACAAGUCGUGAGAUCCCCAGGACCGUCCCGCAACACAAUGCAUGCCGAGCAACGGAACAACUUCCCGUGAAGUCGAUCGGCUCGGCGCCCAGUCCGUCGGCUGUUGUCAACCCUGCCAACGUAGAUCAUCAUCAUGGUGAAGCCUUGAAGCAGAGGUCGGGAUCCGGUCAGCCUCCUAUAUGUGUACCUGGUAGCUUCGAAGUUGCGGAUCUGAGCUGUCUUCCGCGCGUGAAGCUGGUGCGGCCGGAGCUUGCUGCUGUGCCAAGAGCGACACUCCCAACGGGUCGAGACAAGAGUCGGGAGUGUUCGUUGAGUUGUCAGCGAGACAACAAUGGCCAAGAGAAGUGUGCAGAGAUCCGGGACAUAUCGAGUGCUACUGUCAUUCACCGGAGGGUUUCGUCGUAUGCCGAGCCUGCAGAUCAACAUGAAUCGGGAGCCGAUAUACUUGGCGGGCCGAAGACUACCCUCAGCGCUGAGAUGUUGGUGGAUCUGCUGAGGCUAUUUCUGUCGUCCGCAAAGAGCUUGGAAAUGCCAAAAGUGGCUGUCAUAGAAACAUUGUCGUCUUCGGAGGCUUCGACGACGGAGAAGAUGAUCGCCUUGAAGCAAGUCCUGUCUUUGGCAGCGCAUGCCUUGGCCAUAUGCACAACGCUUGCGAUGCUGUGGAAGCUCGGCGCGGCGAUUAUGCAUCUGCUGGAAGUCUUGCUUUGGCCGCUGAUGGUGCCAUUGAGGAUACUGCGCUGGAUCGGGGGAUUGGGAUGA